AUGCCUCAACACGGUGCAAGACGACAUGACGGCAAUUCAGACUCAGAUGAACAAGAGAACUUUAAUCGUGUCUUUUCUUCAGAAACAACUGACAACUGUGAUGAUUCGGAGGAGAGCUGUGACGAACCUGGCAACAAGAAGCACACAUUUGAGGGCCAGUCAUCUAAUAACAGCCAUAGACAGGAUCUCCUGGCACUUGCGAUGCCGGGAGAUGGUGCAUCCAUUGCAGAGCUCAGAAAAGCACUUCAGGCUACGCAACUGCACUUACAUGAGAUCCGCAAUGACAACAGGCGGCUGAAAAGGGACAAUGCAUUGCUUAAGGCAAAGCAGCCUACACGAGCUCGGGCAUCAGCUGUCCCAAAGGAGGUCAUUGCUCACGAUGAGGAGAUUGGGAAGCUCGCAAAGAAAUAUGGGAUUAUGGUUGAUAUGUCGUGGACUCUCCAAAACGCUAUGCAUCAGCACUUGCGGAAGAGCAGACGCAAAUUAGAGAACUGCAUGAAUUCAUUCCCAUCCACUUCCAUCGUUUAA